AUGAAGUAGAUACCUACAAAAAAUGGUUAACAGCAAAAUAAUGUUUAAAAGCAAACAACCGUUCCAACUUAGAAUAAGCAAGGUCUAAAAUAAUUUAAGAGUGGCAAUUAAUAACAAUAGUAAGGUUUUGCCAAAUAACAAGCACUUAAAUAUUUUAAUAAAUCUACGUUUUGCAAUAUUGUUUUGUUUUUGAAAGCAAAUGAGAUCAUGGAAUUCAGAUUGGUGAAUAGACUAUUUAAUAAAUUGUUUAUUGAUUGUGCUCCUGUUUUAUUGGAGAAUUUGGAGAAGAAAGAGGAUGAUUAUUUCUAAAAAUAACACAAUAAUCCACAGAAAUUAGAACUUCCAAAAUUAUUGUAAGUGGAUCUAAAAGAGUUAAAACAAAAUUUAGAGAAUAGAGGAAUGUAUGCUUGUGUUGACAAGUUACAUGGGGAUAAUCUUUUUAGUGUGGAAUUAGUAUUUGAUAUGAUAACUUAAGAAUUACCACCGUGGAGAAAAGCAAAAUUCACAUUUCCUCUAAAAGUAAAAACAAUAUUAGAAAAAUAUGAUUUCAAUAUUUAUAAUUUAAAUGAUUAGCAAAUACAAUUGAUUAACCAAAAGAAGAAUUAUAACAUGGUAGAAUUUGUAUUAUACAAUGAAGACUUCCAUAAUCUAAUUUAAUAUGUGAAAAAUCUAAAGAUGGUGGCAGCAUUCUAGGAUUAUAAGUAUUUUUGUGACUGGUACGAAAUUGAGAAAGAAAAUACAGAAAUGUAGAAUUUGAUAGGAGUGCUAAGAGCGAAGAGUUUGCAGUAGUAGAAAUGA